CGCUACUACAGCAACGUUAUCCGCAAGCCCCGUGAAGAGAAAACCACGAAACACAAUGAAGGCAGUGAUCAAGGAUGGCAUUGUGUACUCUCCACAUCCGAAAGUUGACAUCCCGAUGUGCUCCGUCUACAAAGCCAUGAAGGAAUUUCUAACGGCUUCACCUGAACGAGUAGCACUGGUGGACGACAACAUGUGCCUCACACGUGGUGACUUCUUUUCUCAAUUACGGAGAUUCGCUGCGGGCUUCCAGGCACAUGGCAUCGGGCUUGGUGAUCGCGUAUGUGUACACCUUGACAACAGCGUCGAGAACAUGAUUGCCCUAUUCAGCCUCACUUUUACUGGAGCAUCGGUGUUGCUAGCAAACCCAGUACUCAACGAAAACGAGCUCGUCUUUCAAGUGGACCAUUCAGACGCCACUCAUAUUUUGACCACUGCACAAUAUGCAACGAAAGUCAGUGCAGUGAAGAAGAAAACGAAUGUUAAGGGCCUGUUUCUUAUUGGCGACUCUCACCCUGGCUUUGUGUCAGUGUCCUGUUUCGCUGAACUGAGCGACGACGAUUUCGAAGAGGUGCACAUGGACCACCCGAAGGAGACCACGAUUGCUCUAUUUUACUCGUCCGGAACAACCGGUCACGCCAAAGCAAUGGAGAUAUCUCACUACAGUUUGGUGGCGAACUUGCACAUGACCAAGGUCCUGGUCAGCUACCAGCCUGGAGAUGUCCUCUUGGCUUGGUAUCCUAUAACCUAUGCAUCUGGUUUUACGUUCAUCCCCGUAGCUGCGUGCGCUGGAGCCACUUGCGUCAUAGUACAGCCUGGGCUGACGUUCGACCAAUUCGUGUAUUAUGUAAACAAGUACAAAGUGACAACGUUAGCUUCAGCGCCGGCCCGGCUGUACGUUUACUUAGCGGACAUAAUGCGGAGUGGAACAAAGCUUCCCUCUAUAAGGACGAUCAACGUUGGCGGCACUGUGUUAACCGAAACGUUUGCAAGAAGGAUACUGGCUGCAUUCGAUGGCGUCCGCUCUCUGCGAAACCAUUACGGCAUGUCCGAGUCCUGCGGUGUCCUGUGCUCACCUCCAAAGGAUGAAAUAUCUUCCGGAAAUGUUGGCUUUCCGGCACCGAUGGUUGAGCUUAAGUUCAUUGACCUAAAUACGGGUGAGAAGGUUGGACCAAGGCGGAACGGCGAGCUGUAUUUUCGCAUCCCAAGCGUCAUGAAGGGUUACUACAAAAAUCCAGAGCUGGUUAAGGAGUUCAUGGAUGAUGAUGGAUGGUGCAAAUCGGGCGACAUUAUGUACUACGAUGAAGACGGUCGCGUCUACUUCGUGGACAGAGUGAAGGACAUUAUUAGGUGCUUUGACAAGCAGGUGUCGUCGAUGGAGCUUGAAUGCCUUCUGCAGAGCCACCCUAGCGUGGCUGAUGCAUCUGUGGUGGGUGUCCCGAUUACGAAGUACGGUGACGCCCCGGCGGCGUUCGUCGUUCUGCGAGAUCCGAGAGUGGCGUCGCCAGAGCUGGCAGCCAGCCUUAAGGAGCACGUCGCAAGCAGAACUGAAGAAUUCAAACAUCUCUAUGGCGGCGUUGUGUUUUUGGACCGAUUGCCAAGGAACACAAACGGCAAAGUCAUCAAGCGUCAACUGUGGCAUAUGUACAAUAAGUCGAAUAUAUACUAAUCACACAGUUCUUAUCAAAAGCCCUACAGGAGAAAAAUAAAACUAAGCAGAUCCCACGUACCUUGAAAGCCAUAUGUUGUGCGAAUAAAACAGAUGGAAGA